CUGCCCGGGCUCAAGAUGGCGGCGGCGGAAGCGGCGCUGCAGGCCGGAAGCGGCGGACCGGAAGCGGCCGGCCCGGCCAUGAAGCUGCGGCGGGGCGCGCUGCGGGCGGCUCUGGGCCUGGCGCUGCUGCUGCUCCUCGCGCCCCCCGCGCGGGCCGUGGAGCCCAUCAGCCUGGGGCUGGCGAUCGCCGGGGCCGCCGCCUCGGCCCUCACCGGCAUCAUCUCGUACCCGCGGCUCUACUGCUACUUCAGGGAGUGCUGCCUCCAGCGGCACGAGCAGCGCGUCGCCGCCGCGCUGCAGGAGAGCCUGGACAGGCGGCUGUUCGGGCAGCACCUGGUCAGCAAGGUGGUGGUCAGGGCCGUGCGGGGCUUCCUCAGCAACGCCCAGGCCAAGAAGCCGCUGGCGCUGUCCCUGCACGGCUGGACGGGCACCGGCAAGAAUUUCGUCAGCAAGAUCAUCGCCGAGAGCAUCUAUAAGAAGGGGCUGAAGAGUAACUACGUCCAUCAGUUUGUGGCUACGCUGCAUUUCCCUCACGCUCAUAGCAUCAAUCUCUACAAGGACCAAUUGCAGUCAUGGAUUCGGGGAAACGUGAGCAUCUGUCCCAGAUCAAUCUUCAUAUUUGAUGAAAUGGAUAAAAUGCAUGCAGGACUCAUUGAUGCCAUCAAGCCAUUUCUGGACUACUAUGAGCUUCUGGAUGGAGUGUCGUACCGACAGGCCAUCUUCAUAUUCCUCAGCAAUGCGGGAGCUGAAAAGAUAACAGAGGUGGCACUCGAUUUCUGGAGAAAUGGGAAGGCAAGGGAAGAUAUACGGCUCACGGAUAUGCAAAACGCUCUGUCUGUGUCUGUCUUCAAUAACAGAAAUAGUGGAUUUUGGCACAGCACUUUGAUUGAUAGAAAUCUCAUUGACUAUUUUGUUCCCUUCCUGCCUCUGGAAUACAAACAUGUGAAAAUGUGUGUCAGGGUUGAGAUCGAAUCCCGUGGCUACGCUGUGGAUGAAGACAUUUUAACCAGAGUAGCGGACGAGAUGACCUACUUCCCCCGAGAGGAGAGGAUUUAUUCAGAUAAAGGAUGCAAAACUGUGGAUGCAAAGCUGGAUUACUACUAUGACUUUUAAGGCUUUAUUGCUGCAACCUCGCAAAGAAGCGAAUUUAACUUAAUCACGAAGUGGAGAACCUGAGACAUUUCAUUUUUAAGCACUUUUUAAAGGAAGGAACAUUGUUUUAACUGGUAUGUAAAGAAGCAGCAGUGCCUCUCCAUUUUUAUUCUGUGCUAAUCAUGGCUCCCAGGUCCAUCGGCAUCGUGCCACCAAGGUAAGGAAGAGCUGCAUUGUGAAUGUGAGGGCUGUGAUGGUGCUGAAGACUUCUCUCCACACUGUGGAUCUGCAGGCUCUUGGCACAGAUGGUGGGAGAAGGGCAUGACCAAAUUUGUGUUGUUUCCCUGUUUCCUGUGGAUGGUCUCUCUGCAAUACUGAGAAUCAUGAUCGAGGUCCCUGUUUGUGAAAGCCUGCACUGGGCUCGUGUGGGAACAUUCCUCUAAUGGCGUUACAAGUUGAGAAAAUACACAUCUCCCACCAGUUUGGCUCCAGUAAAGAGAAGGGCAGAUUCUGUAAUUUAUAUAUAUAUGUAUAGGUAUUGCACAGCAUUGGAAAGAAUGUUUUUCUCAAAAUAGCAGCAUAAAUUAGGUUUCUUUGAGUCAAAGUUAAGGAUAUGAAACUCUUUGGUGUGAAUAGUGUUCAAUGGGAGGACUUAAUAUUUAGUACAGAGAGGAAAUGAGUUAAAAAUCCCUGUCUGUCUCAUCACUGUCAUUACAGUUACCUGCCAUGUGCUCUCCUAGGAGUGAUCUUCCUAGAAGGAGAGAAGUGUGCUUUGUGCCAGGGAAGGGGUGUGACUUAAUGGGAAAUGAGUACGGGUUGAAUGUUACAUCCAGGAACUGGAAAAGAAGUUUCUCCUCCUCUGCGUAGAGAAUUCAGAAGGCAGCUUGCAGGGUUCUCCCUUUUUCCUGUUCUCACCAUGCUGUAUGCCUUUGAGGUUGGGAUGAAGACGGAUCCAAAUGCAUUUGAAUAAGCUGUGAAGUUACUACAGCGUGUCAGGCUUCUUUCUGAGUGUGAGCACUGCAGAGCCUUUUGCAUUCCAGUUUCUAUUCACAAUAAAUUCUUCCCAUCAGAAAUGUGUU